AGCGCGACUAAUAGCGGCAGGAGCGCCGCCGUCCAAAUGGCCGCGGCGCGAGCCAUAAUCCACAGGGCUCGAGCGCGGUUAUGAUAAGGAGUCUGCGCCGUAUACAGAAUGCGACGGGCCGCGAACGGUGGCGCAGACACAGUGGUUAUUUGAAUUCUACGCCUGAUGAGCGGGGAGGAAGAAGAGGCGUCUCUUUUUCUUUCGCUUAGCCCUCCGCCCGCCGACUCAUUACGCCUCUCCACUGGGCGCUUAUCCCGUAUACACGCAAGUUACGUGCGCCGGCGCGUUUCCAUGGAAGCAUCUGCCGCUGUUGACGCGUCGUUAGCUUUCGUUUGCUUUAUCUUCGGCCGCGCCUUUCUCUCGGGCGACUCGAUUGCUAAACGACCCGCGCGGGCUUUCGAAAUCCGGUUCCCCGCAAGUCAUGACGUGCAGCCAGUUUUGAUGGCCGGCGAAAACGGAAGGGCGCUGUUAAGCUCGUCACCACUCUCAUUAGCUCCCCCAACGCGAUCGCCAGUUCUCUCUCCCUAUCUUCUUUUUUUUUUCCUUUUUUCGCUUCGAUUCCGUUUACUAGGUUUUUUUUUUUUCCCCUCGACUCUGAAACACUCUGGCUGUCAUUAUCUUUCAUAAUUAAACCAAGUGUUUGCUUGACCAGGCAACAUCCCCGUGAUGUUCAUAAAGAAACAGAACGCAUUUAUUAUGAAUUUUUCAACCUUUGUUCGAUGCUCACGAUAAGUAUUCAUUUUGUCAGAACACCAGUAUUUCGCUGUGACUUCUACAACUGCAAUGUACGAUUCUGUGCUAAUAGCUCGAUCCAGUGCGUGGAAUAAAAUACAGUGAUCAUUAAAUUAUAUUUCUAAGUGGUACGUUAAAUGUCUUUCUUAGGGGUGACAUAUAGGGACCCGUGGCAUUUGGAUACUUUUUUUUUUAAUUUGAUGCGACAUUAAGCGAUUUCCUAAAAAAAUACUGAUAAAUACCAGGUGCUUAAUUCACAAAUAUCUUCGUUCAUAAGUGAUCUUUGCUAAUAGCUGACAGCAUUUGCUAAUGAUAUGCCCGGAACCGUAACUGGCAGGAAUUGCCUAUUACGAACAAUUUUAGUGGAAGAGCUUUUUUGUGGAUACGGGCACAGGGGCUGAAUUCAUGCAGGUUGUCGUUCCUGAGUGCUCCUCGCCAUUCGCUGGUCGCCUUCCAUACUGAUAUGUCCAGCAUCAGCAUUGGCUGUAAUUUUGUUCUUAUGUACAAAUGUAGCAUAAGAGGUUUUUUUUUGUGUGUGUGUAAAUACGGGCCCAGUACUUGAGCGAGCCGUGCGAGCUCUCGAAAUUAACUAAUUAUAUAGUAUAAUUUUGGGCUUGUUGGUUCAAGAUCUGCGGAUUGUAUAGCACAGACGAAACGACCACAAAAAGAAAAAAAAAGCAACAAAGAACGAAAAGAAAGAAAGCAAGAAGGACAAGACGACACAGAGCGCCACUGUGUCAUCUUGUGCAACUGUGUCGUGUUGUCCUUCUUUUUCCGUGGUCGUUCCGUCCGCACUACACAAUCCGAAGAUAACUAUUCAGAGCAUUAACACUGAAGGGUACGCGCGAUAAAAGCGAUGCGAUAAAUGCAAUGUCUGUUUCGGGAAUAAGCCUGUGGUACGCAGGUCUACCUCAAAAGUUGUGAAAGCCCUCAGAUCACUGCAUACGUACAGGAAACACAGCAAUCAAUCUUUCUUAUGCUAUCAGUAAUGCUUUCUUAUGCUUGAAAUUAUACUGUCAAUAAUUGUCAUUACAUUUUCAAGUAUUUAGACCAUGAAAUUGGCGAUGAGAAGGAAGUAAGGGGGUUCGAGUGGCUCGUCAAAUUCAUUCAUUUGUCCCGUUGCAUACCACUUGCAUGACGACUCUCGACCCGCAGUAAAAAAAAAAAAAAAAGUACUAAUUUUGUCCCUUUGCCUCUUUUCAGGUUCCAGCCCUCGUUCUCGCCUGCUUGAAGCUUUGUGGCAUAUCUGUGCUAUACUGUUCCCGGAAAGACCGCGGAAAGCAACUUCCCGUACGUGGAGGCCCCACGCGAUGGAGUGUCGCUGCUUGUCAUGCGGCCACCGAUGACGUGAGGCGACCGCGACGAGGCUGACGCGUGCGUUCGGGACAGCGAUGGCGUCGUCGCCGCGGCGAGCACGGUGGCCGCUGCUGCGGCUGCUCUCCCUCUGCGUCGGCGCCCUGCUGCUACCGGCCCGACCGAGCAGGGCCUUCGACUGGGGUUCAUGCAACCAAACGCUGGGCAUGACCAGCGGCGAAAUCAAGGACGAAGACAUCUCGGCCAGCUCCACUCACAAUGCCGCCAGUGUUGGACCGCAGUUCGCCAGGCUUCUUCGGGAACUGAACGGCGGCGCCUGGUGUCCGGCGCCGCAGAUCUCUCCGCAGACGCACGAGUACCUGGAGGUGAACCUCCGGUCGGUGCACGUGCUCACCUCGCUGGCCACGCAGGGCCGCUUCGGCAACGGCCAGGGCCGCGAGUUCGCCGAGGAGUUCAUGGUGGAGUACUGGAGGCCCGGGCUGCACAAGUGGCUGCGCUACCGAAACAGGACACACCACGAGAUCUUCGAGGGCAACACCAACACGUACACGGAGGUGCGGCGCACCCUGGACCCGCCCGUGAUCGCCUCCAAGGUGCGCGUGGUGCCCUACAGCAGCAUCCUGCGCACGGUCUGCAUGCGCAUCGAGCUCUACGGCUGUCCCUGGACGCAGGGAAUCCUGUCCUACUCAAUACCGCAAGGUGAGCGCCGUGGCACGGACGUCGACCUGUCCGACGCAACUUACGACGGCAUCAAGGACGACAGCUACUUGCACGGCGGCCUCGGACAGCUCACCGACGGCGUCGCGGGCAGCGAAAACUUCAAGCUCGAUGUUUCGGGAUACGGCAAAGGGUACGAGUGGGUCGGCUGGCGCAACGACUCGCUGCACUCUCAGCCACUCGAGCUGGUCUUCGAGUUCGACACGGUGCGAAACUUCUCGGCCGUGUUCCUGCACUGUAACAACAUGCACACCCGCGACGUUCAGCCGUUUCGCGCGGCGCGACUCUCGUUCAGCGUGGGUGGAAAGCACUACCUGGGUGAACCGCAGCACUUCAACCUGAUGCCGGGUCUGUUCAACGAGAAGACGCGGAACGUCACCAUCCGGCUGCACAACCACGUGGGUCGCUUCGUCAAGCUGCAGCUUGAGUUCGCCGCCAAGUGGCUGCUCCUCAGCGAGGUCUCCUUUACCUCCGUACCCGCCGUGGGCAACUUCAGCGAGGAGGAGGCCCCCGCGGCGCCCCCAAUCGUGAGCACAGCCAUGAGCGAGGACCCCAUGUCCAAGCAGUACGUGGGACUGGUCAUCGGUGUGCUGGCCGCCGUCAUCCUGCUCCUCGUGCUGGUCAUAUUCGUCAUCGUGGCGCGCAACAGGCGCCGCAAGCACAGCACUCCACACGCCAUCCUCAAGCCGCUCGACAGCCGCGUCACCAUCAACAUGAAGGUCGCCCUUGAGGACCCAGAUCCUGACAAGCUGCUGUACCACGAACCCCAAGAUUUUAAGCCCAUCUACCCAGGAACCUACAGUAAUGAAUCGACAACGUCCCGCGAGUACGCGGUGCCCGACAUGAACAAGAGCCCCGUGCUGGGCUCGCACAAGUCGUCACCGUUUCCGCAGACGAAGCCGCCACCCCCGCCGGCCGCUGAACAGUAUUACGCCGCCACCGACGUCGUCGUAAGCCUGCCCAACAUACAGGGUGUGAGCGGCAACACCGUUUACUCUGUGCCGACGCUGGACCUGUCAUCGGCCGACGAGAAUUCAGGAGGCGCCACACUACCGCCCGUGCGUGAAGUGCCCCGGCACAGAAUCCGCUUCAUUGAGAAACUCGGCGAGGGGCAGUUCGGAGAGGUGCACCUGUGCGAGGCCGAGGGCAUUCCCGAGCUCGUGGACGUGCCGGUCAGUUUUGGCACCAAGACACUGGUCGCCGUGAAGACGCUACGCAAGAACGCCACCGAGCACGCGCGCGCCGAUUUCCUGAAGGAGGUGAAGAUAUUGUCCCGGCUUCGUGACCCCAACAUCGUGCACGUAUUGGGUGUGUGCACAAGGGACGAGCCGCUCACCAUGGUGGUCGAGUACAUGGAAAACGGAGACCUGCACCAGUUCCUGCAACACCACCUGCCCGACACGUUUGCACCACCUAUCGCCAACAACGUGCUCAGCUACGGAAGCCUCAUCUACAUGGCGACACAGAUAGCAUCAGGAAUGAAGUACUUGGAGUCACUCAACUUCGUACAUCGGGACCUGGCGACGCGCAACUGUCUGGUCGGCAACGCGUUCACCAUAAAGAUAGCCGAUUUCGGCAUGAGUCGGCAGCUGUACGCCUGUGACUACUAUCGUAUCGAAGGCCGUGCCAUGCUGCCGAUCCGAUGGAUGGCCUGGGAAAGCGUACUCAUGGGCACCUUCACGACCAAGAGCGACGUUUGGGCAUUCGCCGUCACCCUGUGGGAGAUUCUGACAUUUGCACGCCAGCAGCCGUUCGCCUCCCUGAGUGAUGAGCAGGUUAUCGAGAACGUGAGCCAUUUCUACCACAACGACGGCCUGCAGACGCACUUGCCACAGCCGCCAAAUUGCCCCCGUGAGAUCUACGACCUGAUGCGCGAGUGCUGGCAGCGCAACGACUCGGAGAGGCCAAACUUUAGGGAAAUCCACCUCUUCCUCCAGAGGAAGAACCUCGGAUACACCCCAGAGUCGUGAACGGUCGCCCGCUUACCUGGCCUCGCCCCGUCGCGCGCCGCAGGCACCGUCAUCGCGUGACGGCGCAAACAGGCCCUUCGUACCCCAAGAAACCCUUCCUUCGAGGACCGUUUGUCUCCGACUCCCUGCAGACAUCGCGUUUCUCGCGAGCAAGCGCCAUCUUCACCGUGAUUGUGGGACGUCGCAAAUGUGUACUUUCUCACGAGACGCCGUGCGCAGAUCACGCUGGCACGAAUCCGAGAACGGAAAAGCACGAAGAUUCGGCGCCAGAAAAAUUGUCGCUAAGCAAGCUUUUGUGUCGCCAGAUCUUUGCGGAUAUUCAUCACUCGCGGUCGGAAGGGGUUACCAUGCCCGUGGACUCCAUGAAUUGAGGUGGCUAAUGCAGCCAAGAUCGAGUGCCCGCGGAGGCUGAUGAGCUUAUAUUUAGGCUUAGCAGCAUGCACGUGCUCGAUAACUUGCCUACUACACGGAUUUGUAAAAUGCCCGAAUACCCUGAUUCCCUGAAGGCAAGUGUGCUCUGCUGAACUUUCCUAUGCGGAUUCUCGAGGAAGAAGAAGCAAGAAGGCACCACUUCGCCAGCUUGGAAUUGAGCGCCGUGCCUGCACUGAGCCACAGGCGCCUUGGUGGCAGUCUGUUGACACGAAGUCCCUCGCCGCUUCCCCAUUUGUGCCAUGAGACUUUUCCCCUCCCUCCUCCCCUUGUGACUCUACUGGGCACGUGGACUGCUUACCUUCCUUUGUACAUACGACCAACCAAAGUAUAGUAAUGCCUACGUGAAGCACUCCAGAAGAGGACGCAUUGCGUCGUAUAAAUACACUCUGCCCAGGCUGUAAUAUUUGAGUGGAUUUUUGAUGUGCACGUACUUAUAGAUACACCAUGCUUUUGUGUUGUUGGUAAAUACUUUGUCAAGUGCAACUAGUGUCACUAAAGACUAGUUCCUUUAUUCUGCAAUGGAAUUGUUGUGUGAGUUGCCAUACACAUCUAGCUUUGGAAUGCAUCUUGAUGAAAUGCUUUGUAUAUGUUUGAUCAAGGCACGAUGCAUGUUAAAAAUGAAACUGUCUUUAUCCAGUAAUCUGCUUGUCUUGUUAUUCUCUUGUACCUAUGUCUGUGAAAAAACAUGGUAAAGGUUGAGCAACUCAUUGUCAUGCCAUUUGUUGGCCUGCUUCGGACAACAACUGAGGUCACAUUUACUUUCUUUUUUGCCCAUCUUCCAUGUGAUAACGUGCUCAACCCCUGUACAGAUUUUUCCUCGAGACCAUGGCAAUAUUUCAGACUUGACUAAUCUGCCCUUAUUUAUAUACAUGAUUGUGAAAGUCUGACGAUAUAUCUAGCGAGGACACAUGGCCUCAUGUUUGAAAAACCAAGCGAUGCAGAACUGAGGAGACCAUGUUGUAUGUAAUAAAGUGUUGUAGGUUCACCUGUAGACAAUACAAUUUCUGAUGAAGCUGAGUGCGAAAGCAAUACGAGUUUUAAUUAUUAUUUGCAGUAUUGCUUCAACUUUCUAUAUCGAUGGAUCUACGACAAAUGUGGCCCCCUAAGGAGUCAUCCUCCUUAACGAAAACAAACGUAGAUUUAAAGCUAGCCAGUCCCUCCUGUUUAGUGUUAUUUUUAUGUUUGCCCUUCCACAUCAAAAUUUGCUAUUACUGUUUCAGAUGUUUUAAUGAUUAUGACUCGAGCCAGAAAAGUUAGUUUUUACUUCCUUGUUUUCCUGCCUCCAAUACCAUUCUGCACAAGCGCAGUUGUCAGUUGUUCAAAUUAUGUAACAAGACCAGAGGAGAAAAAAAUUCUGCCUCCAUGAGAUCUGUGUGCAAUGAGUCAGUCGUGAUCUUAUUAAACGCAAUAUUGCAGGACUCUAAUUUUCCUGCUGCACUACUCCGAAUCAUGCAAAUGUCAUCAUAGUGUUCCAAGCAGUGCUGUCAUGCUCCCUUCUAGAAUUUGAUGGUUGUUUUUCAUAACAUCUUGGUAAUAUGUUUGCAGAGCUUGAAAAUAUGGCAGGGACCACGUCACCUCCGACACUAGUACCCAGUCAGUUGCCCGAUGUUCCUACGGACACAGUGCGCGAAAGGCAUCUACAGAUUGUUUUUCUUUUUGUGUGUGUGCCUGUUUUAUAUUCAUGCUGGUGCCCUCUACUGGUAGAAACAGUCAACACUGGCGUGAGAGAAAGAAGCAUCCCGUGAUAAGCUAUUGCUUUCCUUUAAAUUUCGACCUAAACCAGAGAAGCCUGAAUGAACGUGGCACGCCGAGGUGUAGUUACUUUAGUAAAACGUAAAUUGUAAAAACGUAAUCGCCACAAAGUUAAUAAGCAUAUAGCUUUCUGUUGCAAUUACUGAUGUAGAGAUGUUGCGUCUGAUAACCAUGCGUUUUUCGACUGGUUGGCUUAUUUGCUAAAUGUUAUAUUGUAUUUGCAAUCUUUGAGAUAAAUGAGAAUCAAGGAAUUGUAGGACUUUAGGCGAAUAUCAAGAAGAAACUUAGGCUAUUAAAAUACCCAAUUUUGUCACUGUGCUUAGAACUGAAGCUUUAGCAUUGUCUAUGACAUGUGUGCGUCUUAUUUUUAUUUUUUUGACAAGUAAUGAGUACAUAGUUACAAUCAAUAUGAAACGCAUAGUGCGCAUCAUUCCUGUGCUGUCAUCGCCUUAAAUCCAUAAUUCUGAAGAAUGUGUUUAGAGAAAGGUGUAGUUAUUUCUUCAGAUACUUUCCUUAAUAGAUAUCUAAUGAAAGCAUAGUUUAUCGUAUGAGGCCAGUGCAACACGAAACAAGCGUUAAGCCCGUGAAAAGGGAAGUAUUGGCUAUUUGUGGUGAUAGAAGUCUAACAACCUAUGCUUUAUUUCGUGCUAGACAUUGUGAUGCAUUGUCGUGCCAGAAUAUGGAGUCAGAGCGAUAGAAUAGUCAUAACCGCAUGGAGACAAUAUCGUCACUCAAUUCAGUGGUAUUCAGCCACGGGAUUUUCAUCAAUGACAGAAAACAGAAUGACCGGAUUGUGAUGCCUCUAACAGUCAGGUGGUGAGUGCAGACCAGGCGGAGUUCAUGUUCUGGUACAGCAACUUCCGCCGGCCUACAGUUACAAAUUUUCUCGCGGUGACUUUUUACGUCCCUGGAAAGGUGCGCCUGAAGUUCAAAUUCUCCUCAAUGCGUACUCUGAACUCAUACGCCACUGUAUUUUAUCUCAAGUUUGAAGGAAAGAACGAUCAGCGAACAUUUCUGGUUACUGUAUGCCCUCUUCUUAUGUUUACCACUAUAUGUCGUGUGAAGCAACACCUUUUAUGUCUAAUGAACUAUCAAAUACUCAGAAAACAGCAGCAGUGUUUUUUCGCAAGCCAUCUGCCCGUUUCGCUCGUUAAAUGUGUAAUAGUUGUCCAGUAGCCAUCCCGAGUUGUUUCAUCAUUUAAAGAAACCGUUUUAAAAAAACCUGCACCGGAUACAAGUCCUGCAAACGCCAGGACGUCAAUAAAACAAUCGCUAAUCUUUCUCUCUUUCUCUCUUUAGCUGAGCUGUCACUAUUUUGCACGCCUCACGUAGGCGAUCAUGCCGUGUCAGUCUACAGGGAGUAAGGCAGCCACUGUCUUGUCACUAGCACAUUUAUCUGUGUCUUUGUACCCGCGGUUCAUUAUUUUUUCUUUCUGUCGCCGCACAGAGCAAGAGGCGACGCGUGUUUCCGAAAGCGCGCCCGCGAAAUGUGGUACCCAUGUGUGUGUGUGUGCAUAUGUGCGUGCGCGUGUGAUGUGUACGUGAGUGCGAAGACGAUGGCGCGGGACUGCCGACGCCCAGCCGUACUGCACCUUGGUUCCCCUGGUCACCGUUUGUGCACACUUCUCGUCGCAAGCUCUUAGGAAAAUAACGGACAAUCUACUGCCAAUAAAGCACACGGAUGAAAUAAAAAAGAAGCCCUACAGCACAA